AUGCUCCGCGAUGGAGUUAUUGAACCCUCCAACAGUGCCUGGAGCUCGCCGGUCGUGCUCGUAAAAAAGAAGGACGGCUCGCACCGGUUUUGUGUAGACUACCGCCGCGUGAACGACGUCACCGAACGCGACGCCUACCCGCUACCACAAAUCACCGCGACUCUCGACAAGCUGCGCGGCGCCAAGUAUUUCUCGACUCUCGACCUGAAGAGCGGGUACUGGCAAGUACCCCUAACGGCCGGGAGUCGACCGGUCACCGCGUUCACCGUUCCAGGGAAGGGACUCAUGCAGUUCCGGGUGAUGCCCUUCGGGCUGCACUCCGCGCCGGCCACUUUCCAGCGGCUACUGGACCAAGUUCUAGGGCCCGAGCUCGAGCCCGAGGUCUUCGUAUACCUCGACGACAUCGUGAUCUGCACGCGUACCUUCGACCGACACCUGACCGUUCUGCGCGAGGUAUUCUGCCGCUUGCGGGAAGCCAAGCUGCGACUCAAUAACGACAAAUGCCGGUUUUGCACCAGUCGUAUCAAAUACCUCGGGCACAUCGUGGAUCACGACGGGAUCCGUACCGACCCCGAGAAGGUGAGAGCCGUCGCGAAGUGGCCGACCCCUCGAACUGUGCGUCACGUCCGGCAAUUUUUGGGCGUUGCCUCGUGGUAUCGCCGAUUCGUGGCGAACUUCGCGACCCUCGCCAGCCCGCUGACCGCUCUCACCCGGAAGAACGCGAGGUGGACGUGGGACGAAGCCGAGAAAAGGGCCUUUGAUACCCUCAAGACCGCGCUUACCACGGCCCCCGUCCUGGCAUGCCCGGAUUUUCAACGGUAA